GGCUCCUUUAUUAUUGCUCUGGUGGCUGUGACUCUUGUUUCCACCCCUGGUGCCCUCCCUGCAAGGGGGAUUUUGGGCCGCCGAGCGGUGGUGGUGGUGGUGGUGGUGGUGGCAGUGGGUGCGGCGGCGACACCCACCCCUUUCUCCGUCUCCUGGUGGAUGCCGGGCCCCCUCCCGCCCCCGCCGUCAUCAUGGGCAAGGUGCUGUCCAAGAUCUUUGGCAACAAGGAGAUGCGGAUCCUGAUGCUGGGCCUGGACGCGGCGGGCAAGACCACCAUUUUGUACAAACUGAAGCUGGGCCAGGCGGUCACCACCAUCCCCACGGUGGGCUUCAACGUGGAAACCGUGACUUACAAAAACGUCAAGUUUAACGUGUGGGAUGUCGGGGGCCAGGACAAGAUCCGGCCCCUCUGGCGGCAUUACUACACGGGCACUCAGGGCCUGAUCUUUGUGGUGGACUGCGCCGACCGGGACCGCAUCGAUGAGGCCCGUCAGGAGUUGCACCGCAUCAUCAAUGACCGGGAGAUGAGGGAUGCGAUCAUCCUCAUUUUUGCCAACAAGCAGGACCUUCCUGAUGCCAUGAAGCCUCAUGAGAUCCAAGAGAAACUGGGCCUGACCCGCAUCCGGGAUAGGAAUUGGUAUGUUCAGCCAUCCUGUGCCACCUCGGGUGAUGGACUCUAUGAAGGGCUGACAUGGUUAACAUCUAACUAUAAAUCCUAAUGAUGGGUGUGGUUUUUUUAAAAUUACAAACUGUUGUUAGUCUCCACAAGAGUUUAGAGCGGAAAAGAAACACUGUGGCUUCCCAAAAAAAGAAUGAUUCUCUGUACUAAAAUUCUCUGUUCAAAAAUUAAGCAUCUGUAGGAUUUUAAUGAUUGCUCACCUCCAGUUACCACCACCUUUUUCAUCUAUACACUUGACUGGAUCCUCAGUUUAAUACAAUUCUUGCUUGAUGUUAAGAGGCUCUGAUCUUCAACUGUGAAUGAACACAAACAUUAGUUUCUAUAGCAAACUUCCAGCUACAUGGUGGGGGUGUUGUAGCUUUGCAAAGCAUUUUUUCCCUUCUAUUUUGAGAGUCCUUGUUAUGAUGGGUUGACUUCAUUUGUUUCAGUCCUGGGGCUAAGGUAUCACUUUCUAAAAAGUAUGUUUUCUGGUUCGUUUUUUCCCCCCUCUCCUUUCCAUUACCAUCUGCUGUAGAUUGGCUUCUUUUUGCAACCAUGGGAAAUAUGUUGGUAGGUCUCUGCUAUGUAGUAAACUGAAAAAAACAUUGUUUAUGAACAAGCUGCAGUCUGUCCUCUUUCUGAUGAAACUUUACCUACAAGAUAAAAAAGGGACUAAAAUCUUGAUCUCCUUUAUCUGGCUGUUGAUAAAUGAGAAAAAUAACUUUUAGAACAAAUUUAUCAUUGUUUACCGGCUUGACAUUGGCCAGGUCAUAUAAGAACAAGAACUUGCGAAAGUUAAGUUUUUUUAAAGUACUGCUCCCUAAAUCACAAGCUAGCAUAGCCUCUAGCCAUGCUGGCUGGAGUAUUUUUGGGAGCCAUAGUCCAGUAAAGUAACUUUUUGAAGCUCAUGUGAGAACAAUUUCAGAAUGUUGGGUAUAGGUUGUUAUAGAGCAAAUAUGAUGCAUAGCUAAGGAUACAGACUAGCCCCCUUUAUAAAGAAUAACCAUGUGCAAGUUGAAAUGAGACUGAUAUGAAAACAAAGUUCCUAUACGUUGCAUUGCAAAAUUAGUUUUUCAGCUGCAAUACUGAGUAAUUGUAUUAUUUCUUGGGUUUAGUGCAAAAGUACUUACAUUCCACGAAGUGCAGCAAUAAUUUGUGAGCAUCACUGUGUCACAUGGUUUGCUUUUUAAAGUCAUAAGCUUAUUGUCCAGAAUCUUUGAAACUGUUGUUGUCUUAACAGUUGAGACAGCGGUAGCAGUAUUGCAGUUAGUCUACAUACAAGUUCUUAAAAUGCAGGUAAAAUACUUUUAGACUUUCAUCUUGGCUUCUAAGAUACACCUUUAUUAACUUGAAGAAGUGAAAGCAACCUACAUCUGCUUCUGAAUCAUUUCGUAGGUUUUAUUGAGAUGCCUCAAUAAAGAAAAAUGUGAUAACUUGGUUUUGCAGACGCUGCUGAGCUUGAGAGAAGCCCCUGAAUCUCUCAAUUUUACGUUUGUCUCUUACAAAAAAUAUAUAUAUACUUAAUUCAGGCAAAUAGUAGCAGGCGAAUUCCAGCCAUUGUUGUGACAGGAUCUUUAUUUGAUGUCUAAUAAAACUAUAUAAAGCCCUUCAGGUAGGUAACCAGUGAUUGAGGUGGAGAGUGAGCAAUCGACACUGAAUGUAAACUUCCACAUUCUGUUCUUUAAGGACAAGUGUUUCAUUUUACCAUAUCACAGCUUUCAAAUGUCUGACUAGUUGUAUUGGGGGGGGGAUGUUGAUAGUGAAUUCAGACUAACAUAAAAUGAUCUCAAUCGAGUAUUAAUGAUACUGGGUGCAAAAAUGUAGAGCAGCUGGUUCUUAUUCAGCCUUAAGGAUUAAUUUUGGAUUUCCUCAAGGAGUAAAGCUCAUCUGAGGAAUUUUUGGAAUGUAUUGCUACAAAACCAGAAGAAAAUUGCUUUUUUCUAAAGGGUAUGAGUUUAAAAAAAAUUGGGGCAUUAUACUACACUUCUCCAGUGUUGACUUUGCUAUUUAAAUCGUGGACAUUUGAGCUUGUACCAAAGAUGUUUGAGGGGAAUAAAUUAAUGAGUAAUUAAUUUCUUAAAACUGAACACUUAGCAUUAUGUAACAGAAAACAAGUUUAGCUCUGAUUCUUGAUAGAUCUAUUCUACAUUUAUUUGAUUUUUCUUAAUUCCCCCAAAUUGAAUGGGAACAUUCACUUUAAAUCUUGGGGUCAGAGCAGUAAAAUUAAAAUCAAUAAGAAGUACAGAAACAAUUCUGCUGAGAUAGCAUAAAUUUGAGAAAAAACAACUAAACUAUGUUGGUUAUAUCCAAAAUAAAUUUGGAAUUUAGAUUUUAUUAUUUUUUCUGCAGCAUUGGUAGUAGUGGUUACACGAAAAGUACAUAAACAGUUAGCUGUCUUCUUCUGGAAUAACUAAAGCCAAGCACAAAAUAGUUGCCUAAACUGGAAAACUUGAAGAUCUGUUACUGGUUCUCGAACUUUUGCAUAAACCUUAUUAACUACAGUCAUUUUACCUUUGGUGUAGAGUUGUUGUAUAUUUUCUCUUACCAAGGCGGAAUCAAAUCAUACACCUGCAUUAACUUAGAUACAUAAUGUUUGUACAUUCUUUUAAUUUUGUUUUUACAGUAUGCUGGUUUUGUAGGUUAAAAGGAUAAGUAUAAUCUUGACUUUGUUUUAAAAUCUCCAGUUUUGGGUGGAAGUCACAAAGGUGAAUGGAUUGUGUGGGAAAUGCACCAAAUAAUUAUUGCUGCUGAAAAAAAACAUUACACAUGUUUUCAUUAAGUGUCCUCUUUCAAGCAAACAUGGUUUUGUCUCUUUUUUUCUGGCUCAAAGUAGCCAUUAAAACAAUGGCUUUAGACAUGUAUCUACAGUUUGCAAAGUACAAAUGCAAGCUGUUAGAAUUCCACUUCUGAAAAAGAAAUCAGUACAUCCAAAGUCUGUGUUCAUGUGACUAUACAGUGAAACUGAAUACGUUUUUGAAUGGCGUUAAAAUUGUCUGAUAAGUGAAUGAGUCUGUAGACUGUGAUUUCCCUGAAUAAAGUAAACAGGAAUUUUGUGUCUGCAUUAUGGUUGUAGUGUUGGUAAAAGAACUAAUAAGCAGAAAAUAAAACAAUUAUACAGUGCA